AAUGAUUUAAGGGGGGUGUAUUGAAUUGAGGAUUUUAAAGUGUUUUGGUAUUUCUUUAAAAUUUCCUGUUAUUCAACUAAUGAUUUAUAUUUUUUUCUUCAAAUUCUGUGUUAUUGAAUAUGACAUUUAUCUAAAGUAGCUUAAAAUCACUUGUAAUCCACUGUUAUUCAAUUAACAAUUUACUAAAAGUAAAUCAAAUCUACUGUUAUUCAAUGAUAAACAAUUUUAAGAGAAAAACUUUAUGAAAUGGAUUUGAAACUAUUUUUUUUGUUAUUUUCAGUCAAAACUAUCGUUACACAAAUCCCACCAUUGUACCUGUUAUUUGGAAAUACCCAAAAUCAAAUAAAAAAUUGACCACGCCUAUGAGAACAGAGAGAGAACAAGGAAGCGAGAGAUCAGAGACGAAGCUUUCCAGAAAAGUACUGAACUUUUGAUUCCCUCUUGUUCAUGAAUCAAUACCCAAGUCGACAAUUUUGGAAGCCAAAGAUUCGAUUUUGGAGUCUCUCAAACCUGAAGGGAGCCCUUUGAUUGUUAGAUUUGAUUUCGUCUCGAGCUUUUCGUUGGAUCCGAGAAAAAGGUUUUGUGCUCUGAAGAAUCUGAGGUUGAGCUAAGGCACACGUCGAUUGAUUUGUUCCUUUGGUGUUCUAUCAAAAGGUCUGUUGACAAAAUCUUCUCUGUUUUGGUUCUGUUUUUAAAAUCCCAUGUUAUACACAAGACAGAGAAGAUUUUGACAACAAACCUUUUGAUCCUGAAGAGUAUAAGCAAGUCUAGUAAAGUUUAUUUGUUCUUUUCAUGUUCUACUCUAUGGUCAACUAAUGUUUGUGAGCUUGAAAACUAUGUUAGGUUUUUGAUCGUGACUCUCUUUGCGUCUCUAUUUUUUCUACGGCUUUGGUUCACCCAAAUAAUCUUUGCUUCAACUCUCCAAACUCAAAAGCUUGAGGAAGUAUUCUUCUACGAGACUGCUUGCCAAGUAUGAAAGCUAAGAUACUGCUUUGGUUCUGUCCUUCCAAGUAUGCAAGCUAAGGUACUGCUUGACAAGUAUGCAAGCUAAGGUACUGCUUUGGUUCUGUCCUUCCAAGUAUGCAAGCUAAGGUACUGCUUGACAAGUAUGCAAGCCAAGGUACGCAAUGCUGAUUUUCUAAUUUUUGUUUUGGAUAAAUAUGCAUCUUGUUGAUAUCUUUAUGGGCUGCUCCUUAGAAAAUUGAAUAAUAUGAUGGGCUUUUUUCGUUUAGUUGUUUAAUUAGGGUUUAGGUAGGUAUGCACAUAUAUAUAAAAUCAGUAACAUGGAGAAGAGCUUACAAAACUGAUAGGAUACGAGCAUCAAUCAUCUCUUUUAUUUGUCAAAUUACCUUCCAAACAAUGGGAGAUCCAAAAGACGUAAAAGGUAAAGGUCAAUACCACUCAUGGUCUGGACCUGAGCACAAGUUGUUAUUGAGGUUACUAGUGGAUGCAAUCAAUCAAGGUUUUCGUGAUGCCAGCGGCAAAUUCAACAAACUGACGGUCGAAUCCAGAAUACUAACAACUCUACAGCAAGAAGUUGGAUCUAAAAAAACCUACGGUCAGUAUAAAAAUAGGAUGAAAAUCUUGAAGGGUAGGUACCAAGUGUUUGCAGAUUUUCUUCGUUGUAGUUCUGGUUUUGGAUGGGACUCUGAAACGAAAAAAUUCACAGCAGAUGAUGAAGUAUGGAAGGUCUAUCUGCAGGCUCAUCCAAAUAAUAAAUAUCUGUGUGAUGAUUCGUUUGAAGAUUUUGAAGAGCUAAGGAUAUUUGAACAGAAUACUGCAACUGGGCAGAAUGCUGUGGGACUAGGUGAUUCUGUUGAUGCAGGAUCCUAUCAAUUUGAAGAGAACGAGAAGACAAAUGAUAAUGAUUUUGUCCACGUGAUAGAUGAGGGAGGAGGAAUAGAACACCAGCAAACAUGUGAACCUUCAUCAAGAAAAAGCAUUGGAGAAAAGCUUUCACAUAGAAAGAAAGCUAGGACGGAUGCAUAUAACUCGGAAAGGGUUUGUGAGGAAGUUACAGAAAUCAGUAGCCAAAUUUUUGACAUGAUUCAGAAAAGAUGGGUGAAGGAAGCUGAAGAAAAAGAAGCUGAAGACAAAGCUAACAAUGUUUGGGAUGCUAUCAAGGAAAUUCCUGACUUGGAUGAUGAUUUGCGUUAUGAGGCGAUGACCCUUGUUCACACCUUAGGCAUGAAAUCUGGUUUCGUGAAUAUGUCCAUAACAGAUCGUUGUGGAUGGAUUAGAAGAAAUCUCCGUAAACCAAGUGGCUGAAGUAACAUGAUCGGAGUUCUAAAGAUAGUUCGUCAUCUUGGAGUUUUUAUUUCUUUAAAGUUGAGUUUUUAUUAUUACUUUAGCUAUGGUUUUGUUUCUUCUUUGCAGAAUUGUUAUGUUUUUUGUUCUUUAUAUGUUAUGGUUUUUGUUUUUUUUUACUACAAUGGUCUAAUUUUAUUUAUUUAUAUACGACACUAUCUUCUUGUUUUCUCCUACAAUGGUAUAAUUAUAUUUUACAUAGGAAAGUAGUAUAUUCUGUUCAAAGUAAACAUUGAUUUUGGCGGCUAAAUUUGGCGGCUAAUUCGUUAGGAUACGAUUCCUUAAUGAUUUGUGUAACCUUAUUUAUUUGUCCUCUUCUUCUCUAGCUAAAGUUCAUCACCGCCGCUUUAUAUUAGCAUUAUUUCACACUUUGUUCACCAAUUAUCAUUAUUUCACACUUUGUUCACCACUUAGACAGUUUCUUAUGACUUGUUAUUUAUGUUUUUGUGCAGAGAUUUCAAUGGCUCAUAUUGUUAAUGCAAAUGAAGAGAUACAAGUUAGGAAAAAGAGAAAAAAGAUGUCAAAUUUCAAGAUAGACGUUGAUAUUCUCUUACUGGUCUUUUCUAUCAUUGUGAAGGUACGUAAUGUCGUUUCACGUAUUCCACAAAUACAACGUGAAAUUAGAAGAUCAACUACAACACUUGGACAUGAAUACAUACAAAAUGCUUUGGUUGAAGAUCCUAAACAUUUUCGACAUCUAUAUCGUAUGUAUCCGGAUGUGUUUUUGAAGUUAUGCUCUAUUAUAAGAGUAAAGAUGGGAUUAAAAGAUACAAGAUAUGUUUCAGUUGAAGAAAUGCUAGCCACCUUUUUGUUCAUUGUUGGUCAAAACUCAAGGUAUAUUCAGGCUCAAGAUAGAUUCAAGAGGUCAAGAUUCUCAAUAAGUACAAGUUUUCAUACAAUUCUGAAAGUGUUAAACGCACUUGCUCCAAGUUACAUGGCCAAGCCUGAAACAACAGUGCCUCCAAAGAUAAGAGAUAGCACACGAUUCUAUCCUUAUUUUAAGGUACAUGUAGUUCUUCUCUUAUGCAUUUUUUAAAUACCGCAAAAAAGUUUACAUGUUUCUAUAUUUUAUUAGGAUUGUGUAGGAGCUAUUGAUGGAACGCAUAUUCUUGCGAUGAUAAGUGGAAAGGAUUCAUCUAGCUACCGCAAUCGAAAAGGACAACUAUCACAAAAUGUUUUAGCUGCAUGCAAUUUUGAUUUAGAAUUUAUAUAUGUUCUUAGUGGAUGGGAAGGUUCAGCUCAUGAUGCUAAAGUAUUACAAGAUGCUUUAACAAGAAAUUCUAACAGAUUACAAGUUCCAGAAGGUAUGUCUGGUUCUUAUGAAAUAUUGAUGUGUUAUUUUUGUAUUUUCUUAAAAUUAUUUGUAUAUGUUAUAUGAUUUCAGGAAAAUUCUAUUUAGUCGACUGUGGAUACGCCAAUCGUCGUAAUUUUCUGGCUCCAUUUCGAAGUACUCGCUAUCAUCUUCAAGAUUUUAGGGGACAAGGCUAAGAUCCUGUGAAUCAAAAUGAGUUGUUCAAUCAUCGUCAUUCAUCCUUGCGAAAUGUGAUUGAGAGAAUUUUUGGCAUCUUUAAGUCAAGAUUCCUCAUCUUCAAAUCUGCUCCACCAUUUCCAUAUAAAACACAAGCAGAGUUAGUUCUUGCAUGUGUUGUUUUACAUAAUUAUCUUCGUAAAGAAUGUCGUUCAGACGUGUUUCCUGAAGAAGUUGUUAUCGCUGAUGAUAAUGAAAUUGAUGUUCAAGAAAUAGGUGAAGAUGAGAACAUGGAUGAUGAUGUUCAAAAUGGCACUCAAGAACAACAAAGAGUGAAUGCUAAUAAUUGGAGAGCAAAUAUAGCAGCAACCAUGUGGACAUAUGCUAUGCAUAUGGGAUCUUGAUGCAGCAACAGUUUACGUUGUUUUUAGAUGUUAUCUCUGCUACUAUGUUUUUUAAUUUAUCUUUCAUGUUAUGGUUUAUGAAUUUGGUUUUUUGAUAAACAAUUUUGAUCUAUUAUAUUGGCUUUUAGUAAGUUCUGGAGCUUUCUUGAAUAUUGUCAAGAGACAGCUGUUCAAACUUGUUGCAGAGAUUGAAUUAGAAGAAGUACAAGACGAAUUGAUUAUGUAAUAUGCCAUUGGAUUUUCUUGCUUUUGGGAUCUCGAUGAGUCAACCUCAGGAAGUUGGAUAUGGAAGAGUAUCUGCAAACUUUGAUCUAUA